UUGUGCGUCUUUUCAGCUUUUCCUUGGCUCCAAGUCAACCCAAAUAGAGUAUGCUUCGGUGCUAAAGAUGACUCCUAUGGAGCAUUCACUGUCCCUUACGAUGGUAAUGUCGUAUCCUUGAGGCUGGUUUACAUUUCAGGAUUUGUCUCUUGCCAGUACCAUACAAUGCCUCAAGGAAGUCACUGGGGAUGUGCAAAGGAAAGUCAAUUAACAACCCUGGUGACAAAUGAAAGAAACGAAGUGAUUUUUCCACGCUACAAUGCUCGUAAAAUUUAUUCCUUAGCUGGCUAUAACUACAACUCGCCAGAAUUGAUAUUCAAAUUACUCUCUCCCCCUCUGAAAGUGUUCUCUGGAUAUAAAUUUCGCAUAUGGUACAGGCAGGAUUUACUCAACUCUUCCGAAAGUAACAACGAUGGCCAGACAUGCGCUGAUGUGUAUGUGCUGAUGAAUUAA